AUCGAUGCGCAUCCUUUGCGCAAGCGUUGGAGAACAUAGUUCGACAAACCAAUUCUCGAUUCAGUUGUCUCCGCGACUUUGUCAAGGAAAUCAGGGAGAGAACGUGAUGACAAACGACAUUAAUGUGGCUAAACAGAAAUUUGAUAAUCUCAGCGAAUACAGUAUAAAACUGAGUAGAUGGUAUUUAAAACCAUUAGGCGCAUGGCCUGCCUCAUCUUCUACCACAAAGAUGGAGAGAAUCAUAUCGCAAAUUUUGAUUGUAAUUUGUUGGUGCAUAAUAUUAUUUACGAUAAUACCUGGUAUACUUUACAUACUUUUUGUAAAACAAGAUAUCUAUGUAAAAUUGAAAAUAUUCGGUCCUUUGUCUCAUUGGUGUGUCGAUGGGUUCAAUUAUGCCAUAUUAUUGCUACGUAAAAAUGACAUACUUCAUUGCAUAGAACAUUUACGAGCCGAUUGGAAAUUGAUAACAAGAACGCAAGAUCAACAAGUGAUGCUGAGGAAUGCAAAAAUCGGCCGUUAUAUUGCAGCUUUCUGCGCAAUUUUUAUGCAAAUUGUCAUUUUCUUUACGUGUUUCAUAUUCGGAAUAUUCAAACGAUCCAUACAUGUUGAUAAUAAAACCGUGGAAUUAUACAGCUUACCUUGUCCUGCUUAUAAGAUUCCAUUUGAUACCGAUCCAAGGAUUCAUGAUAUCAUGCUUGGUACUCAGUUUCUAUCAGCAUUUGUCGUGAGUUCAAGUGCCAGCGCCUCUUUCACUCUUGCAACCAUCUUUACAUGCCAUGUUCUUGGUCAGUUGAACAUAAUGAUGACAUGGGUUAACGAAUUCGUGGAUCGCCUGCAAAAAGAGAAUAAGGAUAAUCAUAUCAACAAAAUAGGUGUAAUCGUCGAACAUCAUCUGAGAAUCCUGAGUCUCGUAGCACGUAUCGAACGUAUAAUGUGUCCAAUAUACUUCGUGGAAUUGUUGAAAUGUAUGAUGGGUAUGUGCAUGCCUAGUUAUUACUUUCUUGCGGAAUGGUCUGAACGCAAUAUUCAAAAUUUGACUAUGUAUGUUAUGGUAGCUUUAUCUAUGUCUUUCAAUAUUUUAUUGGUAUGUUGUAUCGGUGAAAUAUUAAAAGAACAGUGCAAAAAGGUCGGAGACAUGGUUUAUAUGACGAAUUGGUAUCAGUUACCUGACAAAGAUAUACUUAAUUUAAUUAUGAUUAUUUCACGAUCUAGUGUGGAAGUUAAAAUAACUGCCGGAAAGAUAAUCACCAUGUCAAUAUAUACAUUCGGUAAUAUAGUAAAAACAGUUUUCGCAUAUUUAAAUAUGCUGCGUCAAACAACAAUGAUGUAA